AUGAGCAACCUGGUGCUCUACAUCUGCAUCACGGCCAUCCGAAGUCUGCGUGAACGCUCCCAACCGCUCAAUAUGACCACCAUUGCGCACACCCCCCAGAUGGAUAUUAUUCAGAGUUUAGUGCUCAAUUUGGACAAUGAGGGUCGAUACCUACUGCUGAACUGUAUGGCCAAUCAGCUGCGUUAUCCAAACUCUUACACCUACUACUUCUCCUACACCAUCCUCUACCUCUUCUCGGAACAAUCGAAAGAGCAGGUGAAAGAGCAAAUUAGUCGCGUGCUGAUGGAGCGACUGAUUGUUAAUCGACCCCACCCCUGGGGCCUGCUGAUGACGUCGGCGGAGUUGUUGCGCAAUCCUGCCUACCGCUUCUGGGAGCAUGAAUUCGCACGCUGCCACAGUGAAAUGGAGAUAGUUGUAACCCUAACCACAUGCGCCGGGCGAUAUUGUUGUGGGGCUCGACACGCUAUCCAAUUUUGGUAUGAGCGUGGUGGCACUAAAUCGUUUGUAGACGACUUACUGUUUUGUCGGGUAGACGUGAGUAUUCGAGCAGCUAUCACACUGCGAGUUAUUGAGUCCUAUCUCUAUGCGUGUUGUUCUUCGGGCCCUUCAGACUAA